AUCAGAUUAUUUUUCAGAGUUUUAUUGACUGAUAUUUCAUUUUAGAACAUAUUUGAAUCAAAAUACAUCACUUUUAGAUAUAUUUGAUGGGUAAAUUCUUGGUUUUGCCCCGUUUUGUCUAUUUCAUUGAAUUUCAGCUUGCGUCGGUCACAUUCAAACCACUCCAGGAGCAACUUUAAUGAAUUUCAUUACGGUCAUCAACAACGAUUGGACUUGGCAUGGAUUUCCUCAUGACAUCUUUAAUCAAAUUUGUAGAAAUUCGAAGAGUUUGAACCAUCUUGUGCUGAUUGGAGCUGGAACUGGAAGUUAUUUUGAUUCUGAUGAAUUUCCAUUCAAAAUUACAAAACUUGAGACAACAAUGAUAACUUUCCACUGGUAUAUUGGAAUCAAAUCAGCUCGUGUCGAUUUCCUGAAGUCGCAAAAAGGAAGCUUAAAGGAACUGACGAUUCAUGAACUUCCUUACGACUUUGAUGGCGGAAAAGUCCUUAAAUACAUCAUUGAGGAGUUGAAUUUGGAUACAUUUUACUACGGCAAGAUUCCAUUAAUCCUCAACGGGCAAAAGCAGCAAGUUAAGGAAUUUACAGCAUCUGAGAUUCAAAUCACAAGCGCCUUUGAAAUGAUUCAGCAGUUUCCUUCAAUCAAAAAGUUUACAUUAAAAAUAUCAGGCACAGACAAAUCGAAAAUAAUUCAGGAUUUGAUUAAAAAUCACAAAAAAAAAUAUAUUAUUCCAUUUGGACAUACACACACUUGUUUCAAUGAGAUUAAUAUUGAUGAACUUUACAAUAUCGUUCAAAAUCCUUCAUACGAUCCCAUUCAACCACGCAUUCAGUACAUAAACCUGGAAUCAGGAUACUUUGCAGUUCGUUUGCUUGAUGAUCCAUCAGUUGACAUAUUUAAAGUGAGAGUUCGUAAAGCUUCAUUUCGGGUUUUAAAUGAUCGUAUCCAGUAUCCUAUUAUAGUGCUGCCUGAAGAACCGAGAGUUCAUUUAUCAUGCACGGUUGCUGAAGAAAUUGAACAAAACAAUUUUUUAACGACAGUUCCAUUUAAAAAUAAAAUGAAUCCAUCGCGUUGGAUUUUUGAAAGUUCUACUAGAAAUGAUGAUGGACGACAUGAAAUGAUGCCCGGUAAUAACACCGACGCGGAAUAACUUCACUUGUAGAGAAAAUCGUGAGUUCGGAAUAAUGUCGAAAAUUUAAAAUGCAUAGAGCGGUAAUAACUUCACCUAUAUAGCCUGAGUGAACUUAUUCCGGCGUGGCGCAGGAAUAACUUCACCUAGAAAAUGAAGGUGUAUGUAUAUAAUAUAUGUGCCAAGUGAAAUUAUUCCUGCGCCACGUCGUAAUAAUUUCACAAAUUUUUGUUCAUCGACAUUAUUCCGUCAUGAUGCAGGAAUAACUUCACUUAUAAUUUCUAUGUGAAGUUAUUCCUGUUUUGUGUAAUUACUUUUAUGUUAUUUUUUAAGGGUUUUUCAUGAUAUUUAAUUAAUAAAGUUCUUCAGUAAUAUGUUUUGAAGUUUGUUGCGGAUUUUAUUCUAAUUUGAUGUAAGACAAGAUAGUUUCUUAUAUCUUCGAAAUUAAUUUGGAAUAUAUAUUUAUUAUUUUUUAUUUAUUAUUAUUUAUUUGUCGACGUUACCGUCCGGAAGAAUUAGUAUUUAUACAUGUUUUUACUUUUUACAAUGAUUAGUGAUACAUUUCAUAUCACUAUGGGUGACGUAGAAUCAAGCUUCUAAUCUUCAAAUCCAGGUUUCAAAUAAACUAAGGCUCUCGUUUCAAUCUUCUGUGGGCGUGACGUGAUACAUUUCAGGUCCGUUCUGACAAUAUUCCAUUAUAAGGAAAUCUUGUAGCUCUCGUUCCUAUUUCUCCCGCUACACUUCAAGUUCCUGAUCCGUUCCUUAAUCCAACGUUGCCCAAAAUGCCCAAUUAUGGCUUGACUCGUACAUUAAGCAGUCGAAGUAUCUAAACUUCUGAAAAAGAACAAAUUUGGAAAUGGCUGGAUUCGAACCAACGACCUUCGAGUUACCAUACCAAAUUUGAGCCAAGCGCCUUACCUAUUCGACCAGCAAGGCACUUAACUGCUGAUAUAGAAAGUUCACUACUAAUUCGUAAUUACUUUGAAUAUCAAUUAAAACUUUAAUUAAUUUUUCUGGAGUUAUAGGCUCUUUUGCUGAAAUAUCUCUAUUAGAUAUCAAUCUUGUGAUAUUAACACAUGUUUUUGUAUCUAAAAGGCAGGCUUUAGAUGAGAAUUUAAUAGCUAAAAUUAACAAAACUUUUGUCAACAGUGUCAAUUGGUAACAUAAGAGCGCUUCCAUACAAAAUUAAAAUUCAAAAAGUUGCACAAUUAGCUAAUUUUACCUUGUUUAAUUAAACUAGAAGCAAGUGAAAUGAUAAAAUAUACAUUUUUUCAAUCCAUUAGAAUGAUAGCUUGCAACAAAAGAAGUAAAAUCUAGUGUUCAAAAUCUUACCAAAAAACUCGUGAGAAAAAUUUUCUCAGAGAAAACUUGAUUUGAAAUCUCGCGAGUUUUCAAAUCUCGUGAAAUUUUUUUCUCACGUCCUAAUCUCAAUUGAGAUUUUUAAUCUCAAUUUGUGACGUCACAAGGGAAAUUUUUCAAAAAAUUUGAAUGAAAUUUUUGAACACAAAGGUUAAUGGAAGUUUUUCUGAUAUUGACUGUGUUCCUGUUUUUGAAUGUAUAUCAGUUUACAGCUUCAAUGCCUCUGGAUGCUUUUUUGAUCUCUUUAAGCAUUUCUGAGUGUGAGAACUAGCCGUUGAGAACCUUUUCGUUUAAAUUUUAAUACAAAUGCUAUGCCAUCGUAAAGGUUGGUUAAAAAUGAACUUUAUUUAUCCAGUCCCCAAAAGUUCGAAAAACUUUAUUUGCUAAGAUUUCGAACACUAGAUUUUACUUCUUUUGUUGCAAGCUAUCCUUCUAAUGGAUUGAAAAAAUGUAUAUUUUAUCAUUUCACUUGCUUCUAGUUUAAUUAAACAAGGUAAAAUUAGCUAAUUGUGCAACUUUUUGAAUUUUAAUUUUGUAUGGAAGCGCUCUUUUGUUACCAAUUGACACUGUUGACAAAAGUUUUGUUAAUUUUAGCUAUUAAAUUCUCAUCUAAAGCCUGCCUUUUUGAUACAAAAACAUGUGUUAAUAUCACAAGAUUGAUAUCUAAUAGAGAUAUUUCAGCAAAAGAGCCUAUAACUCCAGAAAAAUUAAUUAAAGUUUUAAUUGAUAUUCAAAGUAAUUACGAAUUAGUAGUGAACUUUCUAUAUAUUCCAAAUUAAUUUCGAAGAUAUAAGAAACUAUCUUGUCUUACAUCAAAUUAGAAUAAAAUCCGCAACAAACUUCAAAACAUAUUACUGAAGAACUUUAUUAAUUAAAUAUCAUAAAAAACCCUUAAAAAAUAACAUAAAAGUAAUUACACAAAACAGGAAUAACUUCACAUAGAAAUUAUAAGUGAAGUUAUUCCUGCAUCAUGACGGAAUAAUGUCGAUGAACAAAAAUUUGUGAAAUUAUUACGACGUGGCGCAGGAAUAAUUUCACUUGGCACAUAUAAGUGAAGUUAUUCCUACAGCGUGCAAGAAUAACUUCACCUUCAUUUUCUAGGUGAAGUUAUUCCUGCGCCACGCCGGAAUAAGUUCACUCAGGCUAUAUAGGUGAAGUUAUUACCGCUCUAUGCAUUUUAAAUUUUCGACAUUAUUCCGGAGCUGCGUUGUGAAGUUAUUCCGCGUCGGUGUUAUUACCGG